UAUUAGACAAUUUUAACUUUUUUAGUCUUUCCCCCCAAAUAUUCAACGUAAAAUAUGAACGUUUUGUGUUUAUAAAAUGAAAAUCCGGUGAUUAAAAACAAGCAAAACGACCCACAAAAUCCACAACAGGAAGCUACAGGUGAUCCUUUUCGGUUUCUGCAUGACAUUAUCCAAUCGAAAUAUCAAUAGCUCGUUUCUCAGAAACAUUUGAAGAAUGUGCUUGUAAUUUUACCAACUCUCUGUUUUGAACUCGAUCUAUUCUUGCUCUCCUGCAUUUCUUACACCGAGAGUUUCUUCAUGCAACUAACUUUCUGCAAGGGCUGCGCAGCAGGAAAUGGAGGCGCAGCUUUCAUGAUGAUGAUGAUGAUGAUGAUUGUGUCGCUGCUGCAGUACUGACCCUGAACCUGGAGGAGGAAACCAGUAGCAGCAGCAGCAGCGCGGACAGAAAACUUUCAGCACUGUGUUUACUGGGUGAAGAUGAGCGACGCAAACGAGGCCAAAAUUGAGCUUUUUGUGAAGGCAGGAAGUGAUGGUCUGUGCAUCGGCAACUGUCCGUUCUCACAGCGCCUCUUCAUGGUCCUGUGGCUGAAAGGAGUGGUGUUCGACGUCACCACAGUGGAUAUGAGGAAGAAACCAGACAUCCUGAAUGAUCUGGCUCCUGGAGCUCAGCCUCCCUUCCUGCAGUACGGCAACGAGGUGAAAACCGACACCAACAAAAUCGAGGAGUUCAUCGAGUCGACGCUCUGCCCUCCUAAAUAUCCCCGUCUGGCGGCUCGUAAUCCAGAGUCCAACACAGCAGGAGUCGACAUCUUCUCCAAGUUCUCUGCUUACAUCAAGAACUCAAACCCUCAGACUAAUGACAAGAAAGGCCUCAUGAAGGCUCUGCAGAAGCUGGACAACUACCUCGGCUCCCCACUUCCUGACGAGAUCGACCAGGACGCCGCCGACGAGGCCACUUCCUCGUCACGCCCCUUCCUGGACGGCCAGCAGCUCACCCUGGCGGACUGCAACUUGCUGCCAAAGCUGCACAUCUUGAAGGUGGUGAGUUUGAAGUACAGAAACUUCACCAUCCCAGAGUCUCUGACUAACGUCUGGAGGUACCUGAACGCAGCAUACGCCAGGGAAGAGUUUAGCGCCACCUGUCCUGUCGAUGCGGAGAUCCUCAUGGCGUAUUCGACUGUAGCGAAAGCUCUCAAGUAGGACGGCGAUAGGCCAUGUUAAAGUAAAAAAAAAAAAAAUCCACACAGAAAUCAGUAAUCAAAUAUUUACUCUGCAAACAAUCGGGAUCUGUUUCCCUGCCGAUGGGAGUUUCCUUUAAGCUUUGUUUACCUUACAGAACACACACCCACAGGUGGAUCUUUGUAUUUAUUCUCCACUUCAGCCAGGAUCGGUUACAUCAGCAGGGAGACGAGGGCAGAGUCUAGAUCAGUGGUGUCCAAACUCUUUCCACYGAGGGCCAAAAUGAGCUUUUUCCGUCCAUUAAACAACAUAAAAGUUA